AUGACAUUGAUAGCUUAUCAUACUGAAUCCCAACAUAUUUUACCUCGAGGAAAUUACAUCGAUUAUGACAGAGGUGAUUUGCACAUGCGAAAUUUCGACGUAAUCAAUCCAUUAUCCAAUUCAGAUGGCGGAAGGAUAAGGUUUGACAGUUAUCGUGAGUUACCCAAACGAUAUUUUGAUGCACUCGCAGGUCAAUCAUUGGGUAAACGAUCGGCAGCGAUACUAUAG